GCGGUUUUACACCAUGGAGCGGAACUAUGGGGAGGGGGAGACCAUGGUUCAGUAUCUCCAGAGGGUGGAUGAGAAUGUGAGGGCUUUGGAGGAGCUAGAUUACACGGUAGAUGAGAAGGAGAUCAUCUAUACUGCACUCCAAGGGUUGGAUCAAGCGGCUAAUGAGGCAUUACUACAGUACCUUCACCUCGAGCAACAGAAAUGGACCAAGGUGUGGAUUUGGGAGGUUUUAAUUUCUGAUGAGGCUCGCAAGGUUGAUGCUGGAAGAGGCCUAGAAGGAGGCAUGGGGGCAGCAGAUAAAGCUUCCUUCAGGAAAGGCUAUCAACAGCAAGGAGGUGGGGGGAAGAAGAAAGAGUUGGACAAAUGCCUUGUGCCCGGAUGCAACAAAAAACACUCUUGGAAGAGUUGCUGGAGUAGGCCUGAGGGAUGGAAGCCUCACGGCUACUCUGGAGAGGCACCACCAGUGACCAAACCUGAUUGGGUGGAGAAAAGGAUGAAGAAGGGGCUCUGGAAUAAGAAGGGCAGCAAGGGAGCAACGGCCGCAGCUGCUAAGGAUGAGAAGGGGAAGGGCCAAGACGACUCCUCCGAUGAUGGUUUCUCGUUUCUCAUGCUAGGGCAGGAUGCAUCUCUCGCUGGUCGUGCAUUGGCUGAUCCCAACUUCCUGGUUCUAGACUCUGGAGCAACAUCUGGGAUGCUUCCUCGCCGUGAUCUUUUCACCUCCUACCAUCCUCUCCCACCAAACUCUAGGAGAGGGCCAAGGUAAAGGUGUUAAGGUCAGAUCGGGGUGGAGAGUACCUUGGGAAAGAACUUCAAAUCUUCUUGGAAGAAAAGGGUAUUUCCCACCAGCUCUCUGUACCUUACACGCCGCAGCAAAAUGGGGCAGC